ACCAAAACCCAAUCACCGGCCUCCGAAUGCUUAUUCUACAAGUUUUGAUGACUCAUGAAUAGCCCAAUCGUUGAUAAAGAGAAUUUCUUCUUCUUUUUUAUCUGCAUGUAGACAUAGGUUAUGUCUACAUGCAGAGACAUUAUGGAAGAACAAACCCCGAUUUUGUUUUUAAAUUUGAAUAGAAUCAAGGGAGGAGGAGGAGGAGGAGGAAUAAGGAGACCGUUAUGGGUAUCUGUGCUGGUUCUGUUCACUGUAAUUGCUCUGUUUAGUCUACAUAUCAAUAGAGAAUAUUCAAUUUUCUCGAUCCCUUUGGAUUUCAUUUCGGGUCGGGUAGGAGUAGUGUCGGGUUAUCAACAGAAGAGCUGCUCUGAUUUCUUCAAACAGGUACCAGCGAGGAAGGUGGUGAAAUCAAUCAGGGAUUUCGGUGGAAUUGGGGAUGGAAAAACCUCAAAUACAAAGGCGUUUCAACGGGCCAUGGAGUUUAUGGCCCGUUUCACGGAGAGUGGUGGGUCCCAGCUUGUUGUUCCUAAAGGUCGAUGGCUUACUGGUAGUUUCAAUCUCACUAGCAAUUUCACGCUCUUCCUCGAAUAUGGCGCUGUUAUCCUCGGUUCUCAGGAUCCAAAUGAAUGGCCGAUAAUCGACGCUCUGCCUUCAUAUGGAAGAGGGAGAGAAAGACUGGGAGCGAGACAUAUUAGCCUUAUUCAUGGAAAUGGUCUCACCAAUGUUGUAAUUACAGGGGAAAAUGGGACUGUAGAUGGUCAGGGAAAGAUGUGGUGGGAUCUUUGGUGGAAUAGAACCCUGGUACACACCAGAGGCCACCUUGUUGAACUGAUUAACUCUCAGAACAUCCUGAUCCAAAAUCUUACACUCAUGAACUCCCCAUUUUGGACAAUUCAUCCCAUCUAUUGCAGGAAUAUUGUAAUCAGAAACAUGACUAUUUUGGCUCCUCUUAAUGCCCCUAACACAGAUGGCAUUGAUGCAGACUCCAGCUUGAAUGUCUGCAUUGAAGAUUGUUACAUUGAGAGUGGUGAUGACCUUAUAUCAGUGAAAAGCGGGUGGGAUCAGUAUGGUAUGAAAAUGGCUCGUCCAAGCUCAAACAUCAUUGUAAGGAGAGUGAAAGGCACAACCCCAACAUGCUCAGGGGUUGGUAUCGGCAGUGAGAUGUCUGGAGGUGUUUCUAAUGUCCUCAUAGAAGACUUAUAUGUUAGAGAUUCUGCAGCUGGUGUGCGGAUUAAAACUGACAUUGGAAGAGGUGGAUACAUCGUCAAUAUUACGAUAAAUAAUAUGAGAAUGGAAAGAGUGAAGGUGCCCAUUAGAUUUAGCAGGGGAGCAAAUGACCACCCUGACGAGAAAUGGGAUCCUAAAGCACUACCUAAAGUAAGCGGUAUUUUUAUCAGUAAUGUGGUCAGUCUAGAAUCAAAGAGACCUCCCUUGCUAGUAGGCAUAGAGGAAGCACCAUUUGAGGACAUACACAUGAAAAAUAUCAGUUUAUUUGGGCUAGCCCCAUCUAUGAAGUGGAAUUGUGAAUUUAUCUCUGGUUCUAGCUGCAGUGUUUUCCCUGCACCAUGUUCUCAGUUGCUGAAGAAUGAAUCAACAAUUCAGUGUCCAAAUUGAUGAAGCUUAGUGUUCCUUCUUCGCAACAAGCUUGGAUCGUCGGAAUUUCCAACUUGAAAUGAAUUUGAAUCAAGUUGCAAUUGAGAUGAUUUUGCCUUCGUGCAUCAGCAUGAAUCUCAAUGCACUUCUGGAGCACAAUCAUUCCUGACGAUCCCUGUUGCCCCAAAUAUCAGC